GAAUUAGAAACAUUGCUGGGAAUUGUUGAAAGGCGUAGAAAUCAAUUGAAGGCAUCCAAAACACAACGAAAGUUCUGCACAUGCUCACCGGACUGUUCUUAUGCAGCGAUCGUCGAAGAUAAAAGACGUGCAUUUAUCUAUUGGCAACCGACCGCUCUCGAUACGGAUUUACGCAAUCGAACAAGUGGUCAGCGAGUGAAGGCAGUGGCGAAGCAGAAUUUGGUAUCGUUGUCGAUGAUCGAUUCGGAUGGUUUCAAACGGGACGUGCUUGAGAAUAUCGUUGGAGUUUUUGCUGACACCAAAGCGCUUUUCAUCCUGACGACGAAACAUUUGUUCGUGAUUGUUCUAAAAUGA